AUGCGAUACUACGACCAUGCCUUGUAUAUUCAUACCCGAUAUAAAUUGCACGUUAUCGACUCCAAUGUCAGGAUGUCUGCAUACGUAUUCUCCUUCGAGGACCUGGGCGAGUUGUCGCUCCUGGGGCUGGAGGGGUUUGCGCCGAAGCUACUCCUGUGA